AUGCAUGACUUAAAACAAAAUAAUGAUACUCGCCCAGUCGUAUAUCUUGACGAAACGUGGGUGAAUCAAAAUYAUUCACGUGGAACAAUUUGGCAAAAUUCGGAGAAUACAGAARGGUUAAAAGUACCAACUGGAAAGGGCAGUAGAAUUAUAAUUUGUCAUGCUGGGUCGAGUGCAUUUGGGUUUGUAAAAGGAGCGAAAUUAAUAUUCCGAUGUAAAUCAGGGCCAAAUAUUGAUUAUCAUACUCAAAUGAACUCGACAAUUUUUAAAAAAUGGUUCAUUGAAAUGCUGCAAAACUUGGAAGAACCUUGUGUCAUUGUAAUGGACAACUGCCCUUACCAUUCUGUUCUUGUUCAAAAUUACCCAAAAGCAAAUGAAAAUAAAGCUACUUUUCAAAAGUGGCUUACAGAAAAUGGUGUGGAAUUCGCUUCAUAUGAAACACUCAGUGAGCUGCGAKAACGGGUAAAACUUUUAAAACCGAAAGACAAAAGGUAUGAACUUGAUGAAAUUGCUUUGGAAAUGGGACAUGAAGUCAUACGGCUACCCCCAUAUCAUURUCAGUAUAACCCGAUUGAGAAGAUAUGGGCCCAAGUUAAAGGUGAAAUUGCAAACAAAAACAACAGUUUUAAAAUCACGGACGUUGAAAACUUAGCAAAUAUUGCCAUAGAAUCCGUAACUGUAGACAAUUGGAAACGUUGUGUUGAUCAUUGCGAACGUCUUCAAGAAGAAGACUUUAUUAAAGAAGGAUUCAGGGACCAAAUUUUAGAGCCAAUAAUUUUGACAAUUAACCCGGAAGACAGUAGCGAAAGCGAGGAUGACGACGAAGAAUCACUUCAAUUGUAA